CCCCCGCUCCGCUCAGCACGACACGCAAUGGAACAGAGAUCAUCCUGAGUGGUAGAGUCAGUUUGAAACGGGACCUCAGACAGUAAAACUGUGGAUGCAGCAGCACAGGAAAUGCCUUGUGGACUCUUGUUAGUCAUUUAGCAAUUUUGACCUCUUCGGGGAUCUCUGUUUAUCUCAACACCGAGCGUGAGAGGGGAACGGUCCGUGGAAUAACUGAAUCUACGGGACAUCUAUAGUGCGUCAGGAUGCUCGGGAUAAGUCAACAUUUCACUUUGACAACAGUGGCAGUUGUUGUGCUGCUGGCGUGUGUGUUGUCCUUCAACGUGGACCAGAAAAAUGGUUUGUCGUUCAAUGGUCCGUUGGAGGACAUGUUCGGCUACACUGUCCAGCAGUUUGAGAACAGCGAGGGGAAAUGGGUUCUGAUUGGAUCGCCGCUGUCGGGUCAGCCUGCCAAACGGACAGGAGAUGUCUACAAGUGUCCUGUGGGGAAGGGGGACAACACAUGUGUAAAACUGGAGCUGCCUAAAAACACAACAGUUCCCAACUUACAUGAAGUCAAGGAGAACAUGACCAUGGGAACCACACUAGUGACCAAUCCCAACGGAGGAUUUCUGGCGUGCGGUCCUCAGUAUGGCUACAUGUGCGGGCAGCAGCAAUACAUCUCAGGAGUUUGUGCGAAUGUCAGCUCUUCCUUCCAGAUCCUGAACUCGGUGGCACCGGCUGUACAAGAGUGUGCGAAGGAGCUGGACAUUGUGAUUGUUCUGGAUGGCUCUAACAGUAUCUACCCCUGGUCCAGUAUCAUCGACUUUCUGCGACGUUUCAUUGAGAAUAUUGAGAUCGGACCUAGACUCUCACAGGUGGGCAUAGUGUCUUAUGGUGAGAGUGUGACUCACCGUGUCAACCUGAGCCAAUUUGACAACACUCGUGAUCUGCUGCACUUUGUUGAAAAACUUCCUCAGCAGACUGGCUUCAAGACCAUGACUUUCCUGGGCAUUGAUACUGCCAGGAAGGAGGCCUUCAUGCCAGAGCGUGGUGCACGACCUGGGGUGAAGAAAGUCAUGGUGAUCGUGACUGAUGGAGAGUCACAUGACUUCCAUAAUCUCAACAAGGUUAUGGAAGACUGUGACAAUGAUGACAUCGAGAGGUUUGGCAUUGCUGUUUUGGGAGACUACAAUCGUCAGAACAAAAGUGCAGAAGAAGUGCAUAAGUUUAUCAAAGAGAUUGAGUCCAUCUCCAGUCAGCCGCUACGAGACCACUUCUUCAACGUGUCUGAUGAGGUGGCUUUGUUAACCAUUGUGGAUGCUCUGGGAAGCAGGAUUUUUGCCUUGGAAGCUACAACUGGCAAUUUCACCUCCUCCUUUGAGAUGGAGAUGUCCCAAGCCGGGUUUAGUGCACAUACUUCUAAGGAAGGUGUGUUACUGGGAGCAGUGGGAGCGUAUGACUGGAACGGGACAGUGGUAAUGCAUACUGCUGGAGGAACAAUUGUUCCAGGGAAGAACCAGUUCUUCGACCCAAAGACUGAGGCUGGGUACGAAAGACUUUCUGGGUACCUGGGCUACGAUGUUCAGUCAGCAUCCACGCCUGAUGGAGAGCUGUACAUCACAGGUGCACCGCGGUACAACCACACAGGCCGGGUUGUUAUCUAUCGUCUAAAUGAAGACAACAACAUUGUCAUCUCACAGAUAUUAAAAGGAGAACAGAUUGGUUCCUACUUCGGCAGCGUCCUGCAGACUUUAGAUGUGGAUGGGGAUUCUUACACAGAUCUCCUCUUGGUCGGAGCUCCAAUGUACAUGGGCACAGAGAGAGAUGAGCAGGGACAAGUCUACGUCUACAAACUCAACCAGGACGGACAAUUUGAGCACGAGUUCACUUUAAAGCCUGUCAAUCAGUGUUGUAGUGCUCAUUCAGCCAGCUGUACUAAUAAAAAUGAGCCAUGUGGUGCCCGGUUUGGCACAGCCAUUGCAGCAGUAUCAGAUCUCAACCUUGAUGGGUUUAAUGAUGUGGCUAUUGGUGCACCUUUUGAGAACGACCACAGAGGGGCCGUCUACAUCUAUCAUGGAGAUAAGACGUCACUGAAAGAGAAAUUUGUCCAGCAUAUCCCUGCAGGUGGGGACGGUGUUAAGGUGAAAUUCUUUGGUCAGUCCAUACACGGAGUCAUGGAUCUAAAUGGAGAUGGGAUUACUGAUGUUACCAUAGGAGGUCUGGGAGGGGCUUCACUAUUCUGGUCCAGAGAUGUUGCGGAGCUCCGUGCCAACAUGACUUUUGACCCUGUUAAAAUUAACCUGCAGCAGUCUCAGUAUCAGUGUGAACAUGAUGGACGCAAAUCUGUGUGUGUGAAAACUGAAGUGUGUUUCGCCUACAGAAUUAAAUCUGAACAGCAGGACUUAAACUCUGUUGCAGGGAUCCGCUAUGAUCUGACUCUGGAUGCUCUGCGUGCAAAAGCCAGGGCUUCGUUUAUUGACGCGGAUGAUAAAAGUGAUCGUAGAAUUACCAAGAGCUUCACAAUGAAAGACAGAGACAGAAAAUGUGUACAAGAAACCAUCAUGAUGUCGGCCCGGCUGGACUUCCGAGACCCUCUCAUGGUGUCUUUGGAGUUUGGACUAACUGAUGAGAACCAAGGCCCCGUCCUGGAUGAAAACCUUCCCAGAUCCAUCAAUAAGACAAUUCCUUUAGUGGACUGUGGAAACGAUGACAAGUGCAUUGCUGACCUCUCUCUCAAAGCAGAGCCUAGUGUAAAAAAAAUGAAAAUCAAAGCAAACAAAGACAAGAUUGAAGUCAACAUCAACAUUAGAAACAGCAAAGACAACGCAUACAACACUAAAGUCACCCUCAGCUUCACACCGAACAUCAACUAUGUUAAAGUAGAGCCGGAGAAGGCAUGCACUCUAAAUCUCACAAAAGUGGAAUGUGCGGUUGGAUACCCUUUCUUGGGAAGAAAUAAAGAGGAAACGUUUAAAGUGAAAUUUGAGGUAAAUCCCAAACAUGUUCAGGGGUUAAUCCAAAUCAUUGUGACAGCUACAAGUGACAGUGAAGAGCUGGAUUCUACUCUGUACGACAAUGCGGUACAAAUCUCCAUCCCUGUGAAGUAUGAAGCUGGACUCAUAUUCUCAGUGCGUCCUCUGGAUGAACACAUUGAAGUAAAGGAGGGUGAACAGUAUUCCACUGUAUUCAAUGACACCAAAAUCAUUGGAGAGGAGGUCAAUAUCAGCUACACGGUGGAGAAGUCAGGCGAUAUGGUGACUCCGCCCCUUGACCUUACAGUCAUGUAUCCUGAUCUGUCUCCUCGGAAGAACAGAUUGCUGUACCUGACCCAUGUCGCCACCAGCCCAAAGGUGAAAUGUGACACCGCUGAUUUGAUCAACCCUCUCAAAAUUAACCCGAAGGUUGAAAUUACCAAUAUAAACAAAGAAACACUCAGUGUUUUCCUACUGAGCUGUGAAAACCUUAAAUGUGUUUCAUUCAGCUGCUCCAUCCCCGAGGCUACGACCGGUCAGGUCAACGUCACAUUCAGAGUGUGGAAACCUACGUUCAUCAAGGGAGAGUUCAACAGCCUGUACAUGUUGGUGAAUGCCACGCUGGGGAUCAAAAACACAGACCUGUUUGAACUGAGCAGCAGUGACAAGACCAGAACUGUGAAGAUCCAGGUUUCGAAGGAGACCUUAGGAGGAAUCCCUAUUUGGAUCAUCAUCAUCAGCAUCCUGAUAGGACUGCUGAUCUUAGCUCUUGUCAUCUUCGCUCUCUGGAAGAUGGGCUUCUUCAAGAGAAAAUCCAGGGACUACGCAAAGGAGGAAAUUAUGGACUGAGGUAUCCAAACAUCCAACAGCAAGCAGCUCUGUGACCGACUGCUUCCAGAGCCAACAGGUUGCACAAAGUGACAGGCAGACUUUUAAACAGGCAGUCGGACAGACUGAGGAGAUGCCAUAAGACCCACAGACACCUCAGUGCUACGACACAACGAUCUCGAAAACACAGUUACCAUUGACUGUGUCCUACUCACACCUGGGUCAGAUAAUGUUUGCAAAUACUUCCCAAACCUUGUCCUUUGAGGAGCACUAGGUUACAACACUGAGGCUAUUUAGAUGGUCACAUCAACAGACCCCCACUCUAUACCUUGUUAUGAAGUUUUUGCAUACACUAUUUGUGCUAGAUCAGAGUUUUUCUUGCAGACAUACAGAAUACAUCAAGUCAGGUCAAGCAGUUCAAGAAGAGGAGCCAGGGAGGAGGAAAAAAACAUCACUUAACAGGCAUAUAUUGGCAAAUAGAAUAAAUCUGUAUUACAUACAGUAGUGUUACAAACCCUUCAGAGCUACGACAGCUGCACUCCAGCUUUAGAGGACAAAGUACUCAGGUUUUUCACACACUUUCUAUGUCAUUACAGCAACAAUUUCCAAAGGUCUAUUUGCUUUACAUGUGUUGGAGCGGUCUGUCUGAUAGCAUAAACUCUUGUUUUAAAACUCAACUCAAACACUGUAUCCUUAAGCAUUUUAUAGAAUUUUUUUUGGUUUGGUAUUUUUGCUGAAUUUUAACAAUGUAACAUGGCACAUCCUCAAAUUCAAAAUGUUGGCCAAAGACACUGAGCUGAACAAAAGCAUUAUUUUAAGCAAAAGUGCAGUCUGUUCCUUUUAUUUUUUUUUUAUACUUUAAUCUUUGUUAAACCAUUCAAAAACUAAAAAAGAUCUUGUCACAACUCCGAUGUUAAAUGUAAUUAGUGUCACCAUGGUGACUGAGGGAUACAGAAAGAAAAAACAAAACCAAAACUCUGAUUGUACUGUGUAUAUAAGUAAAUGCUUAAAAUGUACAUAAUUCUGUUGUUCGCUAUAAUUCAUGUAAUUUAAGAAAUGUUAUGCAUAAAUCUUUUUUUUGUGAUCAGAGAAAAUGAUUUUGCUCAGGUGCUACAAGUAUCAUGAAUGAAGACAUUAACAUUUAACAUUUAAAAUAACAUUAUCUGGCCUAUCCCACAAUUUCAAAGCUGAUGCAAAUAUGUAAAUAUUAUAUUUUGAUGAGAAAAUAAAAGAAUAGUUAUUCUGUUCUGAAGAUAUACAUGAAGAUGAGGGUUUGUUUCCACUACUUGGGUUUAUUUGAUUGAAAUUGAUGUUUCAAGCCUGGUGAAAGACUGUGUUUUGAAUGCAGAGGCUUUAACAUCAUUGAAAGAAGAUGCGACUAACGGAUUCAAACCUUUUUAAUUUCUUCCUAUGUAGAAAUAUAUGUGUCACCAUUCACCAGCAGUUGCCAUAUGGUAUAUGGGAUUAAUUGGUCGGUGGUUUGUAGUGCAGACAAGCUACAACAUGUACACAAAGCAUUAGCAUACCGUAGGCUCAAUGUCACCCCAUAUGCGGUACACAGUACCUUACAAAGUUAUUACAAAAUUUUUGUCUUGUUUUUGUUUUCAGAAGUUGCACAGCUACACAAUAUGUUAAAAAGAGAUUAUAUUUUAUAUUGGAGGGACUGGGUUUCUGCCUCUUUCUUGACUUUUUCCCUUACUGUCAGACAAUAAACCAGGGAAGACAGCAAGAACAAGAAAGAGAGGCAGCUUUGGAAUAUUUAAAUACUCCUCAGCACUGACUCUCCACUCUUGACAUGAAGCACAUGUAAUAAAUUGUAUGUACAGAAUGUGUAACUUAGUCAUUUUAAGAUUGUAUGGCUACAUCAGGCUUAUGCACGAGGGUGGAGUCACAAGUCUGUCUUUGUUCACUUGAGGUGGCCUCGUAUUCUUUUCUCUCACGUUACCCUUUCUUAACUCCUGAAAAAGGGUGAGGCACAAAGGCACAAAGUGAGAGUUGUGAGCUCCACCCCAGCCUUCUACACUGCUGUGAAGUCUUCAUUGUAAUGCACUGGUUUGUAAGAUUGUAUGCCUCCUCAUCAGUACAGAAAUGAAUCUUAUGUACAAAAAUAAAGACUUUUAAGGAAAGAA